AUGGACACAGCUCUAGAGGAUACAACUGAAUUCUUUGAUUCGGACGAGGAAUUACAGGUAAAAAUCAAGGAAUUCGCAACGUUGUUGAGAAAAUCAACCCAUACCGUGUUUUUUACUGGUGCAGGCAUAAGCACGUCAGCCGGCAUCCCAGACUUUCGUGGCCCCACAGGAAUAUGGACACUUCAAGCCAAAGGACUGCCCACACCGUCCUUGGACACCAUGAACAAUAUUCUCCCAACUCCUACCCACAUGGCAAUGGUCGCACUACAAGAUCGCAACAUGCUGAAAUUCGUCAUAAGCCAGAACGUGGAUGGCUUGCAUCUACGAAGUGGCAUCAAGCCUCAUGCGUUGGCGGAACUGCAUGGCAAUACGAAUAUUGAGAGGUGUCUGGUGUGUUCGAAACAUUAUUAUCGGCCGUUUAGAGUUAGGCCGUUGGGAGCUGCGGAUCCUUCGGGACGUCAUCUUACUGGCAGGAAAUGUGAACAGUGCGUGGGAUUACUACGAGACUCGAUAGUACACUUUGGAGAGGGUUUACCAGACCGUGAUCUUGAAGCUGGGUUUGAGCAUUCAAGAAAGUGUGAUUUGAUGGUCGUGUUGGGGUCUAGUUUGAGCGUAUACCCUGCCGCUGAACUGCCACAUCGAGCUGCUCAAGCGGGAGCUCAGUUUGUUAUUAUCAAUUUACAGAGGACGCCGAUGGAUGAUUUAGCUACGUUACGGAUCUUUGCUCAGGUUGACCGUGUGAUGGUGGCAGUCAUGAAGGAACUCAAUAUGCUAGUUCCCCCUGUUCAGGAUCUUCAAAAGGAGCUGGCUGACUCGCAGGUGGCAGUUCGCUCUCUGAUGUAG